AUGCUCGGAUACAGAUUUCAACGGUACAUAUGGAACAAUCUAAUGGUUCUUUGUCUGCUGGUACGUUCCGGAAACAUGAUUACAAAUCAUUGCAGUUCUGCACAUGGUACCAUCGCAAAGGGACAGCGCCUGGAUGGGUACACAUUUAGGACACUGGAAAACCUGGGGACUAAGCAGUGUGUAAAGGAAUGCUUUCUAAGACCUAGUUGUCUGUCAAUUAACCAUCAUAUCAACAUGACGUGUGAGCUCAAUAUGGAUUCGGACACCAAUCAGCCGGGGUCACUAAGUCAAAAUAUUGAGUAUUCUUACAGCAAUAUUGAUACGUGGACAGGGUUCUCAGGAAACUGUACCAGAUCAACAUGCUCUGCGGGACAAAAAUGUUUCGAAUUUACAUCAACAACGAUAUGUGUUGUUACAGAAUGCAUGAAUCGACCUCUGCUAGGUGUCAUAGCUUCGAUGGAACAUGGCUCUGUUGGACAGGGUUUCCAGGCAACUUGUAAAACUGGUUACGAGGCGAGAGGGAAUGAUGCUAAUGUGACUUGCAUGGGAAACGGCCAAUGGGACAUCUCAUCUAGUUAUUGUCAUCGGACUGACUCCUCGGGCUGGAUAUUGCUGGCUAGGUUCGGAAGUGGAAACAGUGAAUCAGUACUGAGCACGUGGACAGAGACAGGACGGGAUGACAAUCGUGAUGCAAACAUGCCUGACGAGUGUAAAGAAACCAAUACAUCAAGUGUGUGUACACGUCACUUCCGGAGUGGCCUUAUCGACGUGUGGGAAACACUCAAUCCCACUCAGGUAAAAUUUUCACUGUACACUUCUGGUAUUGAAGUGGUCUAUAUUAUACUUAAUGCUACGGAUUCGGAUUUAACGUCGUGGUUUUCAAAGGAGAGGCUUCUAUCCACUUCAUUUACAGAUUUAACAACGACUUCCAAGAUCAGAGUCUUCUCCCUCUCAGGUCCAAAUGCAAGCCGGAGAUUUUAUAUUCAUAAAAGUUACGCUAGUUGUCGUAACGACAUCGGAUGGGUUCAAAUUAUGGACGGACAAGGAGUUUGUUUCUAUGACACUGCUGUGGCCUAUCCUAAAUUCAUGUAUUCAUCGAACAAUCAAUCAGGCAUAGUUGGAACAGAUACCGUUGUCGCAGAGGUGCUCGCGAUAUUCAUGAAGACAUAG